UUAACCCCCCGCAGGUGACUUUCCCUGGUGGAUCCGCCUUCCCCUGGCGAUGACAGGGAGACAGAAGAAGAAGAAGAAAGCCCGCCAGGCAGCGUGCCGCCCCCAGGCUGGGCUCGCCGCCCAUCAGCGCUCAUUUCCUGGCGAUGGCAGCCGGCCGGGCAGCGCUUUCCCUUCCUCAGCCAAUGGCAGCUUCGAUCCGUGUCGGCGGAUCGCGGGGGGCCGCGAGCAGAGGGCAAGGAAGAGGAGGGAGAGGAGCGAGGAGGAGCGGAUCCCAUGGGGCCCGAUGGGCGCGCUGCGGGGCGCGCUGGGCACCGCCGCCCUCUGCCUGGCCGCCGCCUGCGCCCUGCACCCUCCUGGAGGAGUAUCAUUAGUUAUCCCACAGCACAACAUCAAUGCAACAGUGGCACAAAACAUCUUGCUCUCCGUUGAAUACUCUUGCAGAGGCGUCGCCACUGUUGAAUGGAAGCACGUGUCGAGCUGGGGCACCACCAAAAUUGUUGAGUGGAAAAGUGGGAAUUAUGUCAACAUAUCUACAGUGUACAAGGACAGAGUGACUACUUUUGAAAAUGGCUCUAUACAGCUUCUAAAUGUGGGAAUGAGAGAUGCCGGGUACUAUUUCAUCACUGUAACAGAGGAGUAUGGAACCAACACCUAUGGCACCAUCAUAGUCAACGUUUAUGAGAUUAUCUAUGAAGAUUUACAUUUUGUAGCAGUUCUAUUUGCAUUUCUUGCUGCGGUAGCUGCCAUUUUGAUCUGCUUCAUGUGGCUGUGUAAUAAAUCUCUGCAUCUUUUCCAGAAGAAGACAACACACGAACUAACAGCAAGUACAACUGAAGAGAUUGAAUUGGAAACCAUUGAAUGUUAGCCAAGGACUGUCUCAUAACAAAGAUAACAAUUCUACCUCAGGAGAAAGUAUUGGCAAGGAAAGCAAGAAGAAACCUAAAAGGUAAAAUGUUUGUGGCUACUGUUGAAACAUCCUGACUUGCAAAGCUAAUUGGAUGUGAAAGCAGUGUCUGACGGAGCUGUUUUGACCUGUUAAGAUUUCAUCUGUGCUAGCUAAGGUCAAAGUAAAAAAAGAAUACACUUUCAUGCUGAGCACAAACAGGUUUUUGUGGCUCAUUACUGAAAGCUGCAGCCUUUGUCACUCUUAACAACAACAACCAACCAUGCCUCUAACAUCCACCCAUAAAGGACACCAGCACUUUGGCUACAGCAAGUCUCCUGUUAUAGACAGAGCAGCCAUUGGCAUCCUUCAACAUAAUAAAUAAUUACAGUAUUACAUUAAAAAUUAAUUGCAAGGAUUGAAUUAAUCACAGAAAACAGAAGCAUUUUGUACACAAAUGGUACAUGCAGUACAGAAUGAAGGAAUAUUUUAGCACUUUCCAGGAAUAGUUACCUUCAUGUGAUACAUCGUUAGAAAAUCUUGCUGUCUGGUUGCUAUUUGUCAAGGAGAUUCUAGCACAGACAUUCAAAAGCAUGUGAUUAAUAUGUUUCAUCAUACCACAUACAGAUAUAAAAAUAAAUAUCCCAUAUUAAAAGAAUUUUGCCUUUGUUUUAUCUGGGGUUCAGUUGUGUCUAGUGGUUCAGUAUCUGUUGGAUCAGUCUUCCUCAAGUGAAUGAAUCAGCAAAAGAGGGAAGAAGGUGCUUUUGAAGAUGUCUAAAAUGAGCUCCCAUUCACCAAAACUAAGCACUUAGUUACUGACAUUAAUGAAUUUAAAAAUUAAUUUUAGUUGGAGUGGAUCUCCUGGAAACCUUCAAAAGCACAGCAUCUCACCUACAACUAGGAAGGGAAUUUAUUUAUUCUUUAAAAACAUUUAUGCAUGUAUUUAUUUAUUUAUUUAUUUGCAUGGAGAGAGAUACUGGGGCAAUCACCAAGUUCCUAAGAGGAAGACACGAGUUCUGGAGGUAGAGAAAUGGGUCUCUACCCACAGUCCUUCCUUUGGGAAAGCAGAAU